CUCUCCCGGAGCCAUUAGCGUGUGACACCCGAUACCUGAGCAGCUUGUGUGAUGGAGUUUCGCUAACUGUCGGUUACUGAAACAUCACAGAACACAGUGGUUACGCACGUAGAGCUAGGAGCGCAGAGUUUAAGGAGUGACCUCUUCGACAUGGCAGAAAACAUAAUCGUCCGAGUCCAGUCCCCGGAGGGAAUGAAAAAGAUUCCCUCCACCAAGCGGGAGACGGCGGCUGCGUUCCUGAAAAAGGUGGCCAAAGAGUUUGGCUUCAGCUCCAAUGGUUUCUCUGUCUACCUGAACCGGAACAAGACUGGGGAGAUCGUGUCCCAGAACAAGGCCCUCAGCCUGCUCAAGAUUAAACAUGGAGACAUGCUCUUCCUGUUCCCCUCUGGAGCUUCUGGAUCCUCCAGUGAGGUCAUGGAUGUGGCUGCCCCACACUCAUCUUCCUCGCUGCCCUCCUCCUCCUCCUCCUCCUCCUCGACUUCGUCAAUGUCGCGCUCCCUGUCCGCGACCCUGAUCCCGGAGGACGAGAUCGACCAGUUCCUGGCCAAACAGGACGGGAAGAUCUAUAGGAACAGAGACCCCCAGCUGUGUCGACAUGGGCCCAUGGGGAAGUGUGUGCACUGUGUGCCCCUGGAGCCCUUCGACGAAGACUACCUAAACCACCUGGACCCCCCCGUCAAGCAUAUGUCCUUCCAUGCCUACAUCCGCAAGCUGACGGGAGGCGCGGACAAGGGCAAGUUCGUGGCUUUGGAGAACAUCAGCUGUAAGAUCCGCUCGGGCUGCGAGGGCCACCCUCCGUGGCCCGAGGGCAUCUGCACCAAGUGCCAGCCCAGCGCCAUCACCCUCAGCAGACAGAAAUACAGGCACGUAGACAACAUCAUGUUUGAGAACCACACCAUCGCAGACCGCUUCCUGGACUUCUGGAGGAAGACGGGAAACCAGCGGAUGGGCUACCUGUACGGAAGGUACACCGAGCACAAGGACAUCCCGCUGGGCAUCCGGGCCGAGGUGGCCGCCAUCUAUGAGCCCCCACAGAUCGGCACCCAGAACAGCCUGGAGCUGGUGGAUGAUCCCAAGGCUGCGGCAGUGGAGGAGAUUGCUGCCAAGCUGGGACUUUGCAAGGUGGGCUGGAUCUUCACGGAUCUGCUGUCAGAGGACACCAGGAUAGGAACCGUGCGCUACAGCAGGAACAAGGACUCCCAUUUCCUGAGUGCGGAGGAGUGCAUCACAGCAGGCCACUUCCAGAACAAACACCCCAACCCCUGCCGCCUCUCCCCUGACGGGCACUUUGGCUCCAAGUUUGUCACCGUGGUAGCGACAGGGGGCCCUGACAACCAGGUGCACUUUGAGGGCUAUCAGGUGUCCAAUCAGUGCAUGGCGUUGGUGCGGGACGAGUGCCUGUUGCCCUGCCGGGACGCCCCCGAGCUGGGCUACGCCAAGGAGUCCAGCACGGAGCAGUACGUGCCAGACGUCUUCUACAAGGACAAGGACAAAUUUGGCAACGACAUCACAUAUCUAGCGCGCCCUCUGCCCGUGGAGUACCUGAUCAUUGAUAUCACCACCACCUUCCCUAAGGACCCAGUGUACACCUUCUCAUCCGUGCAUCGCUUCCCCAUCGAGAACCGAGACGUCCUGGGGGAGACUCAGGUAAAGAUGCGGGGGCAGAACCUUCCCGUUGGAAGCCCUGUGCUCCUACUUCUCUUGCGUUCUUCGCCCCAGAUGGGAGCGAGUCGGCGCCGUCGGUUUAUUCACUUCUGCUUCUCACAUGUUUGGUUUCUCAUCUGUCGAACAGUCCACACACACCCCCCCGCCCCUCCAGCACCCUCAGUACGUUUUGGGGUCACGUCUCAAGGGUCGCUCUCGCUCCCUCGUAUACAGGAUAGCAUCGGGCUCCUGCUGGAUGCAGUGAAGACCCCCAAUGAGGAGCUGGCUCGGACCUGGAAGAAGUCGGUGCAGUGGGCGACCAUCGAGCAGCUGUGCAGCACAGUGGGCGGGCAGCCGUCGGGUUCCCAUGACUACGGGGCCAUGAGCGGCCCCUCCGCCCCCACGUCAGCGUCUGCCAUGUGGUCCUGCCUGCACUGCACCUUUAUGAACCAGCCAGGCACCGAGCUCUGCGAGAUGUGCAGCCUGCCUCGCAGCUAAACCCCGCCCCCUUUCCCAGCUCCUCCCCAGGCUAUCGGGAAGGCGGAGUCAUGCGGUCAUGGGCGGGGCCCAGACUCAUCACAGAUGUCGCCAUCGCUCUGGGACCAGCUAUAGUGCUGUCUUCUGUACCCUCCUUCCCUUGACCUUUGACCCUUUUCCUCUCAAAUCACCCAGUUCCUGUUUUCUCCCACCUCACAGGCUGCCUUUUUGUCCUGCAGGGGGCGCUGCCAGCACCAUGCCACUGGUGUCUGUGAAUGAUGUCUGGAAGAUGUCAGUUUAGCACUCAUGUCCACCUGCAUCCCCACCCUCCUGUGGGGCAAAUCGGGAUCUUCCAUUAUCUUCCAUUACCCCCCCGACACUUUAGAGGUUACAAGCCUAAUUUCACUCUCUCCAUUGUGUAAAUACACAAACUAAUUAGUUCCAAAUGAUGCUUUUUAUCGUCAUUUUUUUCUUAUUUAUGGAAAUUGGUUUAGUUCUUGUUUGGUUUCUUUGCUUUAGAAGAAAGAUUCCCGUGCUUGCCCCAUUGCCCCCUGCCCAUUGGCCACUCCAUCCUGCGAUGCUGCUCGUUCAGUUCAGCAAGGGUCUCUCUUUCUCUCCUCCCUCACUCAGAUUAUUCCUCUUUCCCCAGCUCUAGUCAGCAGUGUUGUUUUUGAGACUACCUUGCUGAUGUGGUCAAGGGUACUGCAGUGUCUCGCCAGGAUGUGGCCCUCUAGGGGUGCCAGCCCUGGCGGUGAGUGUCACCGCCCUGGUGGCCACUGGCCAGCCUGCAGCUCCAUCUCAUUUCUGCAGGGUGGUUUUGAUUGGUUUGUGGCUCCUGGUUCCCCGCAUGGGCUGGCUCUCAGUGCCGCGGGACGGGCUUGGCGCUCCGCUCUGUCAUGGAAGUGGGGGCUCCAUCUUUGCCGGUAGUUUUGGCUUGGGGUGGCAUCACUGAAUUCCUUCCGUUUUAUUCCCCACUCUAUGUCAGUAACAAACCGCCAGUUGGAGGCCCCCCCCCCCCGCCCCAUGGGCUCUCCCCACUUACGCCUGUUUGUAUCACAAAGACUUGAUCGUUAUCUUCUUUGUUUUGCUGUUCUGUUGUUGAUUGAUCAAUUUGGGGUUGGGGAGAAACCUGAACCCCCCCCCCCAUCUCUCAAUUACUCCUGUUGAUCUUCUGCUGGGGGGGGGGUUGACUUCAAAGACUUUCGGUCCAUUUCUGUGUUAGAUCUGGCCAGGGGUCAGAGGUCAGGAAUGAGCGAUCCUUCAGGAACAAAGUGGGCCGCACUGAUGGUCCUUGUUUUCCGGUUGGUCCAAUGUGUUGUGCACCUGUGAGAGGGGGAGGGGUUUGGCUGGGCUGGAGGAGGGUGUGGGGAGCACAGCAGAUGAGCGGUGCCAUGCCCGAGGAUGCUGUCAUCGGUGUGUGUGUGUGUGUGUGCGUGCGUGCGUGUGUGUGUGUCCCCACGCUGCCUUUGCUGUAGAAUGGGAAACAUAAUUUAAAAUACUCAUUCCAGGUUAAAACAGUAUUUAAAACUGGAUGUUCGCUGCACAGUUUUCAUACUUAAGGAAAUGACUUUCCAUCUGCAUUUGAACGUACCCAAUAAAUAUUGACUUUGAACAAUAA